CUCCUCGCCCUCGCAUACUUCUCCUCCCCAUCUCCCCCGCCCCGCCGCCACUUCUCCCACAACUCUUCACCAACGCGCCGCCGCCGCCGCGAAGAAGGCGAAGCGGCACCGGAAGAAGAAGCGAAGCGAGCCCCUUCCCCGCCCGUGCCAAGCCGAACCCCGGAAGCGAGGGAAGGGAAGAGAGAGCGGCGCGAGGAUGCCGACGGUGACCUGCAACGCGUGCAACGCGGGGUUCGACGACGAGGAGCAGCAGCGGCUCCACUACCGCUCCGAGUGGCACCGCUACAACCUCAAGCGCAAGGUGGCUGGAGUUCCUGGUGUGACUGAGGCUCUGUUUUUGGCUAGACAAGCUGCUUUAGCAGAGGGGAGCAAGCCUGCAAGCACCCCAAUGCUUUACAGUUGUGCUCUCUGUGGAAAGGAGUACAGGAGCUCAAAAGCUCAUGAACAGCAUCUUAACUCAAGAUCACAUCUUAUGAGAGCCUCUCAGGAGCCCAAUGCCUCCAUUGCUGGAAUCACGAUAGUCAAACCUCUUCCUGAGCGAGUUCCACGUAGAGCUCCAUCUGCAGUAGAGGAUGAAGAUGAAGAUGAAGAUGAGGAGGAAGAGUGGGUUGAAGUUGACCCAAAUGAGAUGGAGUUGGCUGAUGAUUCUACUUCAAGCAUGCAAAUAGAUGAGCGGUCAUCCAAAUCAUAUGAUGACAUGGAUGAUCUUGAAGAGUUGGAUAUCUCGUUGUGUUUCAUGUGUGAUCUCAAGCAUGACACCAUAGAAGACUGCAUGGUCCAUAUGCACAAGAAGCACGGGUUUUUCAUACCUGACAGUGAAUACUUGAAGGAUCCCAGUGGUCUUCUUACUUAUGUCGGACUGAAGGUGAAGCGUGAUUUUAUCUGCCUCUACUGUAAUGACAGAUGCCAGCCCUUCAUAAGUCUAGAGGCUGUCAGGAAACACAUGGAUGCAAAGGGUCAUUGCAAAUUGCGGUAUGGAGAUGGUGGAGAUGAUGAAGAUGCUGACCUCGAGGAUUUCUAUGAUUACAGCAGCAGUUAUGUUGAUGUGGAAGGCAAGCAGUUGAUUGCUGCUGAUGAUGCUAACAGCAACUUUGAGCUUGGAAGCGGUGGGUCUGAGCUAGUAAUAACAAACAAGAGUGAGAAAGGAACUCGUGUGACAACUCUUGGUUCUAGGGAAUUUAUCCGCUACUACCGCCAGAAGCCGCGGCCUUCUGUUGCUACAGAUCGUGCUCUUGCACUUUCACUGGCUUCCAGCUACAAGAGCAUGGGCUUGGUGACAGUUCAGUCUAAGGAGCAAAUGGUGAGACUGAAGGUUCUCCGAGCAAUGAACAAGAGCGGGGUCGAGACGAUGCGAACCAAGAUUGGUAUGAAGAGCAAUGUGAUCAGGAACCUCCCAAAGAACUGCCCAUAUUAGAUGAUAACGCCUCAUCAUGUGUGGGGUUCAAACCCAUCUGGGGGCUUAUCUCGAGAUGUCUAUGGCGUCUUGUGUUUUUUGUCCAUCACUAACCAUCGUGAUGCUUAAGAUAUUCGCAGUAGCAGUAUACCUUCCAUACAAAUGUUUAUUUUCGGGGAGUCAGAUGUUAUGUUCUUACUGUUAUGUAAUUUGUUGAGCUGUGUUGGACAGCUAUGACAUCUAUCCUUGCUCUUUGUGCCAUGUGCUAA